AAAAAAUUCAACGUUUUUUGCCCGCGAAAAAACCCCUUACUGUUUUGUUGCUUGCUUGCUUCUUGGCUUGACUGUUUUGGUUUCUGGCCAGCCAACAAAAGCAAGCCAAAGCAAGUCCGACCACGACAACGGCGCUUGCUUUGCUGCCCCCGCUUGGUUUGUUUGUUCGUCUUUGUGACACACCUUCCACCUGCCUGCCCCUCUCCUCCGCUUGCUCUCCUCCGUCUCUUGCUCUCCGUCUCUCGUUCUUCUCGUUCCCCAACGCGCCACCACCCCCGCGCGCUUCCCUUCCACCCACCCCCCCUCCACUGCAUGCGUUCACUGCCUACCAUUCCAACGAUACCAGCCUCACUCACAGUCGCAUAGCUUGGCGCAGCUCAGCAACGCAGCCGAGUGCUCGACAUUCCUGCCGCCAAAGCCAAACAGCAGCAGCCCCAAAUUUUUUUAACAUUAAUUUGUCCUCGCCUAUUUUUUCGCCUUUUGUUUUUCCCGCCCAUCUCUCCAGCCCCUGGCCGGCAAUUGCGAUUGUUCGCCGACAUUCGCGCCACAUCCCCACCCACCGACCAACCCAUCGCCUCCGCGACACACAACACAACACAACACAACAGCGCUGACCAAGCUCACCGUUGGCUUGGCCUGUCAAUUGUUGCUGGUUUUUUUUUCUCUGCUUCUGAUCAGCAACAACAACAACCCCCAGCUCGCGGCAUCCUUGGAAUUCUCGCCGACAUCAUCCACAGCCGCAGUCAUCACCACAGCACAGCGCAUCGCACCACGACCAACAGCAGCUCAAGCAAUCGCAGCACCCCAAUCAAGCGGCCUCGCUUCUCUGUCUGCAGUCAGUCAGUCUUCCACUGGCGCCCGUGGCGUGAUUGCUUGUUUUGUUGCCGCCCGCCACACACACACACACCCGGACAACGCUUGCUGAUUCAUCAUCAGCGCUCGAAUUCACAGUCAUCGCCACCAGCAAGGAGGAGAAACAGCACUUGAAGGACACACUCUCACACACACUCACACACAUCCACACGCACAACCAGCCAACCAACUGCCUCGCAUAACGGAUCACACAAAGCUGGCAGUGUUGGUGACUCAGACAACAGCAACGAGCAGCAACCGUCCAGUCCAGUCCAUCCAGCACCUGUUUCGAGAGAGCUGUCGCAGCAGCAGCAUUUCUGUCUCUCUCUCUGUCUCUCUCUCUCUGUCUCUCUCUGUCUCUCUCUCUCUGUCUCUCUCUGUCUCUCCUCUCUUCACCAACCACCUUUUGGACACAGCACCAGCCCCAUGCCGCCACCAAAGUACAAGCCGCGACCCGAGCGGGCGCAAGCACCGCUGGUCAAGCUCACCGCCAGCCUCAUCGACACAUACAGACACAUCAACAAGGUGUACUAUGAGCAAAAGAACGCCCAAAAGAAAGGCAAGAAGAACAAUGGCUACGACAACGAACACUGCGACUACAUUCUCAAAGAGGGCGAGGUUUGGCUGGACCGAUAUGUCAUCCACGGCUUGCUCGGCAAGGGCUCGUUUGGCCAGGUAACGCAAGCGCGUGACCGCGAGCUUAGCAGGGACGUGGCCGUGAAGAUUAUCAAGAACAAAACGGCGUUCAGGCGGCAGGCGCAAAUUGAGAUUGACCUGCUGGAGAAAAUCCGGGACGCUGACCCGGACGACGAGCACCAUCUCGUGCGCAUGAUCUCCACCUUUGAGCACAGAAAUCACCUGUGCAUCGUCUUUGAGCUCCUCUCCUUCAACCUGUACGACCUCAUCCGCAACACAAACUUCCGUGGCGUGAGCCUAAACCUCAUCCGGAAGUUCUCCCGCCAGAUUGUCGAUGCCCUCGACUUUCUCGCCUCGGAGCGCCUCAGCAUCAUCCACUGUGACCUGAAGCCGGAGAACAUCCUCCUCAAAUCCCCAAAGCGCACAGCCAUCAAGAUUGUCGACUUUGGCAGCAGCUGUCACAUUGGCAAAACGAUGUAUCCGUAUAUCCAGAGCCGGUUCUACCGAUCGCCGGAGGUGUUGUUGGGCCUGCCGUAUGACCAGGCCAUUGACAUGUGGAGCUUUGGCUGCAUCAUGUAUGAGCUGCACACGGGUGACCCCAUCUUCAACGGCUCGAGCCAGCGCGACCAGGUGCACAAGAUUGCCGAGCUCCUGGGCGUUCCGCCCGUACACAUGCUGGAGAAGGGCCGCAGCGUCGGUAACUACUUUAGCAAGCUCCCUUCCGGCCAGUACGAGCUCAUCCGCAGCACAAAGCGCUCAUACAUGGCGCCGGGCACUCGCAGACUCGCCCACUCGCUCGGCUCAAAGACGGGCGGCCCAAAGGGCAGGCGUCUUGGUGAAAUGGGCCACAGCCCGUCAGACUACCACAUGUUUGAGGACCUGCUCCUCAAGUGUCUCCACUACGACCCGCGCAAGCGCGCCUCCCCGGCCGAGGCCGCCGUGCACCGCUUCCUCGUCUCCGGACCGCCGUCGUCGUCAUCCACAGCAGCAUCGUCAAGCAAGCGCUCGUCGCACGCAGCAGGCGACCAGUCGUCAUCAUCGUCAUCAUCGAAGCACCAGCACCGCUUGCGCUUCAACAUGCCAAAUUCAAGCAGACACAAGCCAGCGAAGCACGCAGCAGGCAGAGCGUCAGUGUAGGACUGUGCAUUCGAGAACCCUCAUGCGGUGUUGGCCCGUUUCCCCCCUCAACCCCUUCUUUCUUUCUCCUAUCCUUUCCCCACCCCCUACCCCUUUCUCAGGAUGUGGUUCAGUCCCUACCUUUGAUGCCGCCCUUGCCUUGGGUGUACACUCGCACGUGCGUGCACACCCGGUUCCAAGCUGUGCAUGCACAUGUACGCUUGCUCUCCUCUUCCUCCUCCCCCCCCCCCCCGCUUCUCUUCGUUU